UUUAGUUACUGUACACAAGAUGGAUCCUGAGUUUGAGUCACGUGUGAAGGAGGCAGACCUGGUGCACCUGAUACUGGGGUACUUUGACGAAGCUGGCCUGCCAAAGUCCCUUCUGGCACUGGAAGAGGAAACAGGGGUCACCAAUGGCAACUGGGAGCCACACUCUGACAUAGCGUUUAUCCGACGUUCAGUGAUUACCGGCAAGUGGGAUGACCUCCUCCACUUCCUGAGACCGUUGUCCAGGAACAAAGCCACCAGGGAGAACAGUCGCCGGCUGAGCAUGAUCAUUGAGAAGCAGCGCUUGCUGGAGUAUCUGUGCACAACCGACGGUGACUCGCCCAGGGGAAAACGGCGAACAAUGACCAUGGUCGACAGCGAGUUUGUCAAGGUCUGGGCGGAAAUCCAGCUCUGCCUCGAGCGCCUAGAGAAGCUCUGCAGUGCCGAACAGUUCGCCAGCAUUCAGAAACUUGUGGACAUGGGCGACUUCCGGCAGGUCACGGAACAGCUUCGUUGGUGUCCUCGGCGCGGGAGACUUGACAGUUUCAAAGAGAUCCUAGCACAGUACGAAGAGGCCAUGGGCAUUCGACAUCCAUCCAGGCCAAAGCUUUCGGGGAAAAAAGACUCACCCGGGUUUGCCAGAGGCAAAGAGCAAGGGCGCCUAAUAAUCCUGACGGUGUUGGGAAAGUUCUACGAACAACUGCAGGAGUCAUUUCAGCAACGGCGUAGUGAAACCUUCAAAUCCAACGAUCGGCGUUUGGUUGAGAAAUGUCCUGGGGUCCUUCAGUGGUUGAAACCGGUGCGCAUGGGUCCCACUGAGGUUCGGCACUGGCAUAAGUUUGUACUCAACUGCGAUCUGGCCAACUGGAUGUCAUGGUUGCCAGAUAAGUUCUUUGAAGAGCUGUACCAUCGGCGUACAAAGCGUGACCAUUCCGUCACCAUCCAGCCUAUCUGCAGUACCGAUGGGCAUCUGAAUCCGCCCAUCAAGCGACUGCACCUGAGUCACGGCACCACGGGCCAGGACUCUGAGAGUAAACCGCGGAAAAAGGCGACGGCAGUGGUUUCACGUGGCCAUCGUAGAUCAGUAAUACCCGGAUCGGAGUUUUCAUUUGAACACACCGCUACGACACAGGACCCCGGACAUACACACGCCAGCAAUACACCAGACUCGGUACUAUCCUCCACCUCAGAGGAAUCCUCCAGCAAAGAGUCUGCGUAUCACUGUAUGUCACAAGAUACUACUGGAACUUACACUGAUGGACAAGACCCGGUAUCUCUGCCUGCUUCAAGUACUAAUCCCCACACUGCAGCAGCAGCAGCAGCACUGCCCGUGAUUAAAGAUGACCCUACAAACAACCCAGCGUCCACACAACAGAUGGAAGAUCGCAUGGCAUGGGAUGCCUAUGCCAAACACAGGUAUGGUGUAACCAGCGGCAUUUUCCACGACUGCGACGCUCUGGACAAAGCAUUUGCGGCUCAGAGGCAGAGAGAGAGCACCAGGAAACGCCCAGCUACAAAAAAACACACUGCAACUGAUUCGAAACCCAGUCGCGUUCCAUUUGGAAAACAUUAUGUUGCUCUAGGAACGCCAAGGCGACAGCCAAUCCCACCUAGAGACUGGAGGAUAAAAAUGAAUGAACGACCGCCUCCAGUAAACAAAAUCGAACCAUUGAACGUGUUACAUCUACCACGGUAUGCUGAGAAGAUGAGCAUUGAAGUCAGCCGUAACAAGGAUAACGCAGCCGUGGGUUUGCCGAAUGUGAAAUUCCUGGAAGUUGGUCAAAUCCCGGGCAAUGCAAUGAUGAGAGCGAUUGGAUUCUCGCCGCGUAAUGAUCUAUUUGCAGUCGGGACCAACGGCGGCGAUGUGCACGUGUUUGUUUUGCGGAAGCGUGCCGGCUACGCUUUGGAUGCCAUGGGAAGAAGACGAGAUCCAACUGCUAUCCGGGAAGUACUUAAACAUCACGAUGGAGUUAUCUAUGAUCUUCAAUUUAGCAACUGCGGACGCUUCAUUGCCACAUGCUCCAAUGAUAAGACGGUGAAGCUGGCCAAGCUUCGCCACAGCGACAGAUCCCUGUUGCCCUGGCCUGAGUGUAAAGACGUGGUGACGCACACGGAUGUGGUGCGCGCCGUCAAGUUCUUCCUGCCGACGAGCAACGCCGGCGACCCGUGCCUGGCAUCCUGCUCCAUAGACACUCCCACGGUGCUGCUGUCCAACAUUGGCACGCAGCAGCAGCUGGGAGUGCUACAGGUAAACACAGCCGACCAGCGAGGCUUCAUUGCCAUGGACGCCACGCCCGACCACCCUGUGCUCUGGUGUGCUACGUACAGGGAACUGUUCAUGUUUGACAUGCGCAAGGACUGGAAGCCGGCCAUACACGUGCGGCCCAGUCGAGCGUCGCUCUGCACGUUCCCGGAGAAACCAGCUCCGUUCAUCUCGUGCCUGUCGUCCGGCAAGGACCUGGUCUCGCUGGGUUUCUGCUCCGGCCAUUGUGCCUUCCUGGACCUGAGGUCCAUGUCUUGGGUUGGCCCGGUGCGCAUACACGACGACCAUUGUCGCUCGGUAGGCCUCUCCAGAAAGUACAAUUGUGCGCUGAUGUCGGCAGGAUUUGACGGGAGAGUAUGCAUGACAGAUAUCUAUCGCCGCCCCCACGAGAUGACGUGGAAAUGGGAGAUGCAGGACGUUGUCACCAAGCACCCAGGUAAGAUUAUCAGUGCAUGCUGGAGUGGCAACGAAGAGUUUGCCAUGACUGCCAGCACAGACAAGAUAGUACGCCUCUGGCAGACCUCUGGCCAUUUAGAUUUUUGAGGCCUAUUAAUGGCUAUUUGGCCAGUACAGCACGGGUGUUUAUAUAGUGUCUGGGUCAAUCAAUUCUGUUGAAUCACUCGUCGUUCUUUGAGAAUACCACCUUUCUGGCUGUUUAGCUCAAGGAACUUAACAUGCAAAAAGUCCUAACUAACAUUGUUUCCUCUUAGAAUACCGCCAGUGUGUUUUUGAACUUAUCAA